AUGGAUAACCGCGGCUCCUUUUUCUUUCUUCUGCUGGUCUUCUACCUGCUUCUCAGCUCUCAAUCCCGUCCCUCGUUGAUCAAUGAGGAUCGGGAACGCCAGCGUGAGUUCGACCGAGAGAACCAUGCUCUCCAGCUGUUGAAUGAGUCGAAGUACGGGGACUUCGAUCCACCAGCAGAUCGAUGGCUACCCUUUGCAGGAGUGCGGAAAAAUGACAGCUAUGCCUGGGAUCUCUUUCCUCACGUCAAGACCCGUGUUCGUCAUCAGUUGCAAUCUGCCCUCUCAGGCGCAGGCCUCGAACCUCCGAUCGGUCUUGACGAAUCCAAUCCAUCAUCCCCAUUGAAUCUCACCAAGCUCUUCCUGCCCGUGUAUCGCAACGCAACAGGAAAAUUAAGAGGGGACUGGGUACGACGAACAGAUGGUGUGCAGCGCCAAGAACCGCUCAACACUACCGCUAUCGCUCGCGAACACGAAUACUUUACCCAUGAUUUCAGCUCUAACAUUACUGGAAAUGGCGGGACAUUCUAUGUUGAUCUCGAGGAAGGAGGUGGGGAAGAACUUCUCCAUGGGGAAGGCCUUGUUCGAGAGAUCCGCGCGAGUCUGACAGUCGAAAGUGAAGACUUCUGGGGAAGCACCUGGUAUCUGUCAUUAUUUGGCGUGCACUUCCCAGAAACUGGAGGGGUAAUCUUAACCACCACGAGUGAGAAAUUCGGUGGCAUAUUCUCUCUACCUCAUUUUGCCCUCUCUCCUGAUACGUAUGAAUUGUCUCAUCGUCUGCUUCUCAAAUCUCUCUCGGAUACUAUGUCACAGAGGCAAAAUCGGCCUGCCACCCUCUUUCCAUGGUCUUCUCUGGCGGGUUCGGAGCAGGUGGAAUUUCCGGCACCGAAGUGCGAACAUAUCAUCUUCUUACAACAACACCCAGUCAUGGUUGGCGACACUGUUGCGGACAGACUGAUGUUGGAGCGCAUGGAACAGGAACUUAGGUAUCCCAUGGGGGCUCCUAUUCCUGAUCCUCCUCUCAUGGUCAUGUCGGCUGUGGUAUUCUCCCCCGACUGUGGCUAUAUACUUGAGACAAAAGGAACUCCGGAGUUCCCACCUUCUGAACCAUUGUAUCUGGCCGGUCCUAAGCAUGAGGAGUACAGUAAAUAUGCAGCUCGUCUCAUCUUCGUGGUAUCCGGUGUUUUUGUUGCACAGAUAGCGCUUCUUCUCCGCCAGAUCAAAGAGGCAUCGACCCCCUCAACACGCAGCCGGGUCAGUUUCUACACCAUUGCAUUAAUGGCGCUCGGGGAUGCGUUUGUUCUCACUUUUAUUGUCUUGGAACUUUAUGCAACUGUUUCAUUCUUGAUCCUGGCAACUGCUUCAUUCCUGGCAUUUCUGUCCGUCAGUUACAUUGGCAUGAAAUUCAUGAUGGAAAUUUGGGCUGUGCAGGAACCAGAAAGGCGUGAAGAACGCCCGGUCAAUCCGACUUCCACGCCGCAGCCUGGAACACUUCCGCUUCCUGCAACUGCUGCUGUUCGAGAUUCGGGGGCAACACCGAUCAUUCUAGCGCCUGAUCAGGAUCCACCUGAGGAUGAUCUAGAACCACCACCCACCAACAAUCGUACGACUGCGCCGACACCCAGGCAAAUGCGAAGCGAUGUUGGUGCCAUGUAUGCGCGCUUCUAUCUGGCAUUAUUCGGCAUGCUUAUUAUAUCCAUCUGGUCAUUCCUGCUGCCACGACGCUUGGGUGGAAUCUAUGCGCGUGUGAUAGCUGGUACCUAUCUCUCCUUUUGGGUUCCCCAGAUUUAUCGCAAUGUCAUGCGAAACUGCCGCAAGGCCCUCCGGUGGGAUUUCGUUAUCGGUCAGAGCAUCCUUCGGCUGUUUCCUUUUGUAUACUUCCUCACGGCUCGCGGCAACGUCUUAUUCAUCCGUCCGGACUGGACUACAGCACUUUCAAUGGCUGGGUGGGUGUGGAUUCAGGCCUGGAUAUUAGCCAGCCAGGAUAUCUUGGGACCACGCUUCUUUGUCCCCCGUGGUUGGGCACCUCCGGCCUAUGAUUACCAUCCAACACUCCGAGAUACCCCGGGCGCUGACGAAGACCUUGAAUCUGGCGGUGUACUGUCAAUUGCAUCCCUUCGGGCCGAUGAACGUGAUUUGGUGAGCGACUCAAAGGAUGAUGACAAACAUCGACAUAAAGAUCGCAAGAGAGUAAUAUUCGACUGUGCCAUAUGCAUGCAAGAUAUCGACGUACCUGUUCUCCCGGGGUCUACUUCUGCAGGCGGAAGUAGCGUCGCUGAUGGAGCCACAAGUAUCCUCAGCCGUCGAACGUACAUGGUCACUCCUUGCCGGCAUAUUUUUCAUACUGCCUGUUUGGAGAGCUGGAUGAGACUUCGGCUUCAGUGCCCGAUUUGUCGGGAAUCGAUCCCCCCUGUGUAG